GGUCUUUAUAGAUUUUUAUUUAUUGUUUUGAGAGCUAGAGAGGGACGGUCUUACAAUCACAUCCUUCAUAAAACUCAGUCCCGAUGGAGCUCCAUCGCGAUCUCGAAGGCAAUUUUUUGACAGGACCUCCACAGUUUUAUAUAUUCAAUUGGGGUUGAGGAUGCGCGUGGUUCUAAAAAAAUUACGUUUGUUUCCAUAGAAUAUACAUAAUUCUGGGAAAACUCUGUAUCUUGAUAAAUUUUGGACAAAGAUGUUAGAACUCUGCGCGUUUGCAUAAUAGCAAACGAAGAAUUAGCGGGAUUCAAUCAAUGGAGAAAAGGGUGCGACUUACAGCUAAAUGUUCAAAAAACAAGGGAAAAUGUGCUUCCAAGGAUUACAUAAGUAACCUGUCUAGUGAAACUCUUGUUUCCAUACUUUCACAAUUGACACUAAGAGAAGCGGUGGCUACUAGUAUCCUUGGUAGGAGAUGGAGGUAUUUGUGGACAUCUAUUACUAUACUUGACUUUGAUGCUACAAAGGCAACAGACACAAUUCAAUCAGGGCCUAUGUAUGUCAAAUGGGUGGAUUGUGUUUUGGGACAAUAUGAAGUCUCAACUAUAAAUGAAUUCAGGAUUUCUUUUGAUUUGGAUCAAAAUUCUACGCAUGCUAUUAAUAGUUGGAUCGAGUUUGCAAUGACAAGGGAAGUUCAAAGGCUUGAGAUGGACUUGUUAGGGCAACGUCCUUAUAAUACCUUGUCUUCAAGGCGUUGUAGUUCUAAGUGUAAACGACUUUGGAGAAGCCAAAGUUGCGGGUCUUCUAGGGAGCAAUUUUGUUUGAAUCUUCUCGGCGCCCGUACUCCAACAUUCCAUGGCAAUAAGUUUCUCAAAGAUCUUUAUUUGAAGAAUGUUGGCAUAACUCAGAAAGUUAUUAAGUACUUUUUAGCCAAUUGUCCCAAGCUUGAGCGAUUAUCUGUAUGUGGAUCAAGACAUUUGGUAAAAUUAAGUGUUUCUGGAUCAUCCCUCUCAUUGAAACACUUGGAGGUAGUCUACUGCACUUGCUUAAAAUAUGUUGAGAUCUUUGACACAAGCCUUGUAUCAUUUAAGUAUGUGGGGUUGGAUAUAGACUUGUUUAUAGAAAAUGUGCCAUUGCUUGUUGAUCUUUAUAUCGGUGUGGGAAAAGGAAAUCUCGAUACACCAUUCCUAGAUGACUACCUCUCCCAGUUCUCUUGCUGUCUUUCUCAGCUACAAGUACUUACCCUUGAAUUAAUUGAUGGCUUUGUGGAUGAUGUAUACAGUGAAUUUUUUCCUCCAUUAAAUAAUCUUAAAAAGUUGGUAUUAGAAGUUGGAGCAUGGGAAGAGGACGAUCUCCUUGGACUCACCCCUUUGAUAAACGCAUGCCCUUACUUGCAGAUACUUGAGUUGAAGAUGCCAUGGAUGAAUGUCGAAGAUCAUGACAGAAGAAAAAUGAGGAGGGGUAUCAAAUGCCCACAUAAAUACCUCAAGGUGUUGGAAAUUUACGGAUAUGCUGGACGCACAUGUGAAUUUGAGUUUGUCAUGUACUUUAUUAGGAAUGCUGUGGCACUUGAGAAAAUUUUGAUUGAUCCUCGCGAUCAAAUUGUCAAGCGAACUCCCUUCGCGAGUGCUAAUUUGAAGAUCGAACGAACUGCAAGACGUCUUGCCAAGAGCCAGCUUGAAGCAAAGGUACCCCCAUCCAUCCAGUUGGUAAUAUUGUAAUCUUAGGCUUGCGUGAGCCUUUUUUUAACUGAAAAAAUGUACUUAUUUAUUUAGUUCUCCAUUCUAAUUUUUUGGCCAUGGGUAUAUGGACCCCAAAAUCUGCUAAAUCCAAGUAUUAUGGAUGUUGAUCUAGUUAAUGAUUUAUUUAUUUAUUUAUUUUUUUGGAUAAAAAACUAACCAAGAGCUUAAAAGCAUUUGUAUAUGAAAACAAUUAGCUGCUUUACCAGCAGUAACAAUAUAUUACCUGAUAUAAAAGGAAAGAGCAUGUCAAGUGA